AUGGCCCUCGCCGCAGCCCGCCAGGGGGGCUCGCUCUGCAGAACCGCCUGUCGGCAGCUCCUCUUCGGCCUCUUGGUAUUGAGUUUAUUUUGUGAAGCUUGCAAGAAAGUCACUUUUAAUGUUCCUUCUAAAUUAGAGGCUGGAACAUUAGUUGGCAGAGUAAAUCUGAAAGAGUGCCUUAAGUCCACAGAACAUAUCAGUUCAAGCGAUCCUGACUUUAGAAUUCUAGAAGAUGGUUCUGUGUAUACAACAAAUAUCAUUUCUUUAUCUUCUGAAAAAAAGACUUUUACCAUAUUACUCAAGGACAUUCAAAGACAUGAAGAAAAGAAGAUACACGUCAAUUUGCUAGCUCAUCAAAAAAAGACACCUAAGACAAGACAUACUAGAGAUACAAUCCUCAGGCGAACCAAAAGAAGGUGGGCUCCUCUCCCAUCCUCUAUGAUGGAGAACUCUCUUGGACCUUUUCCAAUGCAAAUUCAACAGGUCCAGUCUGACACAGCCCAAAACUACGUCAUUCAUUACUCUGCAGCUGGUCCUGGAAUUGAUCAAGAUCCAAAGGGUUUGUUUUAUAUAGAGAGAGAAACUGGGAAUAUUUUUGCUACUGGCCCAGUAGACCGUGAACAGUUUCCAAGCUUUACGAUAAUUUGCUAUGCAACCACUCCAGAUGGAUAUUCACCAGAGAAACCACUGCCGCAUGUAAUCAAAAUAGAGGAUGAUAAUGAUAACGCCCCAUUUUUUACACAGGACCUUUUUGAGUUUGUUGUUCCCGAACAUUGCAAUGCUGGUACAGUAGUUGGAAAAGUCAUUGCACAAGACAGAGAUGAACCAAAUACUCUGCACACUAAGCUGAGAUAUCGAAUUGUAUCAGAACAACCGCAAUUACCCCAAAUGUUUUCUGUUCACCAUGAAUCAGGUGUAAUUACCACACAAAAACAACAACUGGAUAGAGAGAUAAUAAGCAAACAUGUAUUGCUAAUUGAAGUACGAGAUAUGGAUGGUCAGUCUUUCGGUUUGUGUAAUACGGGAACAGUUGUCAUUAACGUUGGAGAUAUAAAUGACAAUGCCCCAUAUUUUGGCCAUUCAUCUUAUGAAACAAAAGUACUGGAAAACCGAGUGAAUGUGGAAAUACUGAGAAUUCCUUGUUUGGACAAGGAUGAGCCUAACUCACCUGCCUGGAACUGUAGAUUCAGCAUUGUAAAAGGAAAUGAAGAUAAUCAUUUCGCUAUUACAACAGAUGGAAGAACAAAUGAAGGGGUAUUAUGUGUUGUUAAGGGAUUGGACUACGAAACCACCAGUCUGAGGAUACUUGAGAUUGCUGCAUCUAAUGAGAUACCUUAUGCAGUAGUACCAUAUUCAAGUUCACUUUCCCACAGCAGCUGUACUGUUAGAGUUACCGUACUAGAUGAUGAUGAGGGACCAGUAUUCAAACCUUGUUUGUUUCCUAUAACGAUUGACGGAUGCGCGACAGUUGGAACAGUGGUUGGCAAAUACCUAGCAGAGGAUCCAGAAACAGGAAAUAGUGAAGGCAUACGCUAUCGGAUAGCACCUGGCCAAAGCAACUGGAUCACCAUUGAUGAAAACUCAGGCGAGCUCAGAACUGCUAAACUUUUUGACAAAGAUAUGACAGGCAGGCAGUGCAAUAUUACAGUCUUUGCAGUAGACCAAAGUGGUAAAACAGGUACUGGAACAGUGUUGGCUACUGUAAGUGCUUGCAACAGAUAUUACCCCACCGUGACUCCAACAGACUUUACAAUGUGCAGAGACCGAAAACCAGUUUAUAUUACUGCAGUCACUUCUAAUGAGUCUCCCUAUUCUGCACCUUUCAGAUUUGAUAUUUCUGACAGGAGUAUGGGUUCAGGAUGGCAAACAACACAACAAGAUGAUAGAUCUAUAUUACUUUCACCAAGGACUGAUAUUCCAUUUGGAAUAUAUAAAAUUCCUAUCAAUGUGAGGGAUAAUGCCGGAAGACUAGGAACAAAUAUGGUUACAGUUAACUAUUGUGAUUGUACUACUCCAAGUGAUUGUGGUACUGUCCGACAAGUUUUACCAGCUGUUACUCUUGGUGUAUGGGCCAUCCUUGCAAUGAUUCUGGGAUCACUAUUACUGCUAUUAAUCCUGAUUACACUUUGUGGCUGUUAUGGCACGGGGGCAGUGAGUAAACAUGUGCCUGAUGAUUUAGCUAAUCAGAACUUAAUUAUAUCAAACACAGAAGCACCAGGAGAAGAGGUGAUGGAUCCAAAUAUCAUUCCUCUACAAGCUGCAACUGUACAUUCUUGUGAUCAAGGGGUUGGCAUAGGCACAAUAGGACAUGAAGUAAAAACUGGGGGACAGAGUUUUGAAAUGUCCAAAGGAGGACAUCAGACCCUGGAAUCAGUCAGGGGAUAUGGACAGUCCACGAUGGAACAAGGCAGAUACUCAUAUUCAGAAUGGCAGAAUUUCAUGCAUUCUCGUCUAGGUGAAAAGGUGUAUAUGUGCAGACAGGAUGAAGAAAAUAAGCAUUCUGAAGACUAUGUCCUUCCAUAUAACUAUGAAGGAAGAGGAUCAUUGGCUGGUUCUGUAGGCUGCUGCAGUGAUCAGCAAGAAGUGGAAGUGCUUGACUUUUUAGAUCAGCUGGAACCCAAGUUUAGGACAUUAGCAGAAACAUGUGUAAAGAGAUAA